AUGGGCUCCAUCUUCCUCUUGACCCUCUUCCGAGGUUGCUCGCGAAAGCCCAGAAGCAGCGCUCGCGUUGCCGACGAUGCGCUUUCGGAGGUCGCCCUUUAUCUCGACGACGAUAUACUUCCGGUGGUCUUCUCCUACCUCCCGGCGAAGGCUUUCUUUCGCCUGCAGCUCGUCGCCAAGCGCUUCCACGAGCUCUCCAAAUAUCCUCGCUUCCUCCUCGAGCAGGCGGGCCAUAAUAAGUCCGCAUCUGGCUUCUUUUACCGGGACGGCUAUGGUCCGUAUGGCUUCCUCCUCGUCGACCCUUACGCCGGAAUCCCCGCCAGCUUCCCGGACUACUUCAAUUACAGCGACGAGGUCCUCGCCUCAGCCGGAGGCCUCGUGUUCUAUCAGAGGAAGCGGUACUGGGAUGAUGAGCACGGGAGCUUGUGCGUGUGCAACCCGGCCCGCCGGACAUGGCGGACGCUUCCCUCCUCGCCGAGCCAAAAGUUCGGCAAGGAAACGCGCGUCAGCGUCGCCGUGAAAUUUGUCUACGACGGCGAUGACAUGGCGGAGGACUACAAGCUGAUCUGCCUCACUGAAGCCACCGACUGCAUCUUGUUUCACCACUGCGGCGUGUAUGACUCGGCCGCCAAUGCGUGGACGACGGACGAGGAGAUCGACUUCGGGCCGAGGGAGUUAGAGUACGACCACCCGGUGGUCUGCGGUGAGACGGUGUACUGGGCGUCCGACUGCGUCAGCUACUUGAGAAUGCCCGACCCCUACGUCGUUGCUUUCGACACGACGACGAAGCGCACGGAGAUCAUCCCGGUGCCGGAGGGAGCCGUCAUCGACUCCGACGAAGACACGAUCAAGGUGGGGAUGUGGGACGAGAGACUGCCAUGCCUGAUCCAUUAUAGCGUGAAUGCUGCCACCUUCACCCUGUGGAUGCUAAGAAGGAAGAACGAAGGCUCGCCGCAGUGGGUGAUGUCACACGAGAUAAGCUCGAUCCCUUACGCGCGAUCCUUCGUGCUGAGCCAUGGCUCGACGGGGAUGCUACUGGUUUACAGCGACGGGUACAACGCGUACAGUUACAGCUUCAAGGACGGGGAGUCGCAGCAGAUAGGAAGCUCGUCCCGCUUCUUCAGCAAGUUCAUUCCCUACGCUAAUACGCUUCGGCCAUGCGGCAAACAGGAGGUGUUCUUAGAAUACCUGAGAAGACCUCUUCUUCCUUCUUUGCUUCCAUGGGUUUUCUGA